AUGUCAGUAAUUGUGACACUAAGGGCACCUAAUAUAAGAAACUAUUUUACAUUUCGAUCAUAUAGCACAAUGGAAUGGACUUUACCGAAGUUAGUAAAGAGAAUUUUGCCGCCUUUAGAUGGAACACUGCAUAAAGGACAGGCUGGUAGAAUUGGUAUUGUAGGGGGAUCAUUGGAAUAUACAGGAGCCCCAUAUUUCGCUGGAAUAAGUGCUUUAAAGGUUGGAGCCGACUUAGUACAUAUCUUUUGUUCAACGCCAGCAGCUUCUGUUAUAAAAUCAUAUAGCCCAGAGUUAAUUGUUCAUCCAUUACUGGAUCAACCAAAUGCAAUUGACAAGAUUACACCAUGGCUUGAAAGACUACAUGUAUUGGUUAUUGGGCCAGGUUUGGGUCGGGAAAUAGACACAUUUACUGUAGUAUCUCAACUCAUAAAGUUAAUUGGUGUUAAACAAAUACCACUCAUUAUCGAUGCAGAUGGAUUGUUUUUAAUAACGGAAAAACCCGAGCUAUUGGAGAACUUUUCUUCACCUGUGAUAUUGACACCAAAUAAAAUUGAAUUUGAACGACUUUACAACAAAUUGAGUACUUCGGCCGGUUUGGCUGAGUUGGGAAAAAAUGUAACUAUAUUAAGGAAAGGUCAAACAGAUGAGUUGCUUUGCUACCAUUCUAAUCUACAGUGGAAAAUCAAUACAGGUGGUUCAGGGAGACGAUGUGGAGGCCAAGGGGACAUUCUUUCGGGAUCCAUAGCAACAUUUCUCCAUUGGGCAAUCAAUUCAUCAAAUAAAAUUGAGAUUGGUGUCAAUGUUGAUAAAAUGUUAUUAUUAUCAUCAUUAUCAUGUUUCGCUGCUGCUAAACUUGUGAGAUUGUGUAAUGAGAAGGCAUUUAAAGCUAAAGGAAGGAGUAUGUUAGCUGUGGAUAUGAUUGAAUACAUACAUGAAUCAUUUCAGGAACUAUAUGAGAACUGA